CACGCGCUCCGACAGGACAGGACUGGACUGGAGGGGAGAGAGGGUGAGAGCAACGGCGGCAGCAAAGCCACCAGCCAUGUAAUCGGGGAAAGAAAAAGAGAACUUGCGCAAGAAACCCUGCGAUUUUCCCACCCGCCGGGCUUAAUAAGGACAGCUUGAUUGUACCGCAGAUCCACAUCGCAGCGGCGUGACACGGCCAGAAAGUGCAUAUCUACGCGGUUGGAACUCAUCGAAAAAAAAAAAAAAAAACAGGAGACGCACACUGACAAUAAACACUCCCCGUCAAGUGGGCUGCUGCUCUGAGAAACUGACAAAAAAAUAAGGAAAAGAAGGAAGCAAACGCGUUAUCUGCCUCAUCCUGUGAUAUUUUCGCGAAACCGGUUACUUUGCAUAUAUGUUUUCCUAAAACUCAGGAGCAAAAAUGAAAACUUGAAACUCUCUCAACGUUGCUCACUACUACUAGCUGGCUAGCUAGCUAAAAGCUAGUCAGCGUAUCUUAGCUAGCUUUUUUCGUAGUUUGUGAGUGCUGCGCGGAACAGCUAGCUAGCAGACCGUGUUGUUUUCUAAGUUUGAAGUUUUGCCGUUCCGCGUUUCUCUUUGUCAGAAGUGUCUAAACCGGGAGAGGAAGGGAUCGUUCCCUUCUAAAUUUCCCCCUUUUCACGUUUUUAAUCAAAAUGAUGGCCGCGGACGACGGCAGAGAGGAGACGGGUUCGGUUUCGGCGGGGACAGGAGUAGCUGGCGGAGGAGGCCCUGAGACGGCCCAUUUUCCGUUUUCCACCAAGCAGAGAUUGCGGGACAUUGAUUCCGGGCCGGGAGCGGCUCAGAACCUCCGCCACUCUCCGGACACGUCUCCCGACCCGGUCUCCGAGAUAGUGCUGUGCUCGUUUGCCGGGGGAGUUCUACCGGGCUCGUCCCUGUCCGCCGCUGGGAGUGGCAGCGGCGGUGGGCACGUUGUGUUUGGGACGGGCUCAGACACAGGGAGCGGAGCGUCACUCUCUCCCACUUUGGAGGGACUGCCCAGUCGGAUGUCACCCACCUCCGGGAGUCCGGACGGAACUAGCGGCUUCCCCCCAUUGCCACCCCCUCCGCCUCCCCCUGCUUGCGGGACACUUGGCACUGUGGAUGAAAGCGAUGCCUUGGAUGGGCAGGAAUACGAGGAAGAGGAGGUGGCAUACGCACUAACUGCGCCGCCCACGAACCAGUGGUAUCAUGGGAAGCUUGACCGGACCAUCGCAGAGGAGAGACUGCGGCAGGCCAGGACGCCGGGCAGCUAUCUCAUCAGGGAGAGCGACCGCCGGCCGGGCUCCUUCGUCCUGUCCUUCCUCAGCAUGACCAACAUGGUCAACCACUUCAGGAUAAUUGCCAUGUGUGGAGACUAUUACAUUGGCGGGCGGCGGUUCUCCUCCCUCUCAGAUCUGAUUGGUUAUUACAGCUAUGUGUCAUGUCUUCUGAAAGGAGAAAAGCUGCUGUGGCCAGUAGCCCCUCCAGAGCCUGUGGAGGAUCGACGGAGGGUCCGAGCCAUCCUCCCUUACACCAAAGUGCCAGAUACUGACGAGAUCAGUUUCCUAAAAGGGGACAUGUUUAUUGUUCACAAUGAACUGGACGAUGGCUGGAUGUGGGUGACCAAUGUCCGGACCGAUGAGCAGGGUCUCAUUGUAGAGGACCUGGUGGAGGAGGUGGGACGUGAAGAGGACCCACAUGAGGGCAAAGUGUGGUAUCAUGGGAAAAUCAACAAACAGGAAGCGUACAACCUGCUGAUGACAGUUGGACAAGUGAGCAGUUUCCUGGUCAGGCCCUCGGACAGCACACCUGGGGACUACUCGCUGUUUUUCCGUACCAAUGAGAUCAUCCAGCGGUUUAAAAUAUCCCCCACUUCCAACAACCAGUUCAUGAUGGGAGGGAGGUACUACAACAGUAUUGAUGAAAUCAUCGACCAUUACAAAAAAGAACAGAUUGUGGAGGGGUAUAACCUGAAAGAUCCAGUAUCAGUACAGCAUCAGGAACAAGUUCUCUCUGACGUGAUGGAUGGCAAAGAAAUUUAUAACACUAUCCGGCGGAAAACGAAAGACGCGUUCUACAAAAACAUUGUCAAAAAAGGCUACCUCCUAUUUAACAAAGGCAAAGGAAAGAGAUGGAAAAACCUCUACUUCAUCCUGGAGGGGAACGACUCCCAGCUCAUCUACUUUGAGAGCGAGAAGCGUGCCACCAAACCCAAGGGGCUGAUCGACUUGAGCGUGUGCUCUGUCUACGGGGUCCACGACAGCAUGUUUGGCAGGCCAAACUGUUUCCAGAUUGUAGUUCAGCACUUUAGCGAGGAGCAGUGCAUCUUCUACUUUGCAGGAGAGACUCCAGAACAGGCACAGGACUGGAUGAAGUGUCUUCAGACUUUCUGCAGUAACCUGAGGAAACCAGCUCAGCCGUCCUCAAACAAGCGCCUUCGUCAGGUCAGCAGGCUAGUCCUGAAUGUAGAAGAGGCCCACAAGCUACCGGGCAAACACUUCACCAAUCCCUACUGCAACAUCUACCUGAACAGUGUGCAGGUGGCAAAGACGCACCCCAGAGAGGGGCAGAACCCAGUGUGGACAGAGGAAUUCAUUUUUGAUGACCUGUCUAGUGAAAUAAACAGGUUUGAAAUCAGCCUGAGCAACAAGACCAAGAAGAGCAAAGAGAGCGAUAUCUUGUUCAUGCGCUGCCAGCUGAACCGUCUCCAGAAGGGCCAGAUGAUCGACGAGUGGUUCCCUCUCAGCUCCUACAUUCCCCUGAAGGGCAUCGAACCCGGCUCCCUCCGGGUCAGGGCACGCUACUCCAUGGAGAAGAUUAUGCCAGAGGAGGAGUACAGCGAAUUCAAGGAGCUGGUCCUGCUGAGGGAGUUCCAUGUGAUCUACGCGCUGGCCCACGUCUGCGGGCAGGACCGCACCCUGCUGGCCAGCAUCCUGCUGAGGAUAUUCCGCCAUGAGAAGAUGGAAGCACCUUUACUGAGAACACUAAACGACCGUGAGAUAAGCAUGGAAGAUGAAGCUACAACACUCUUCCGGGCCACCACUCUGGCGAGCACACUGAUGGAGCAGUACAUGAAAGCGACUGCCACCCCGUUCGUCCACCACGCUCUCAAGGACACCAUUCUGAAGAUCAUGGAGUGCAAGCAAUCCUGUGAGCUAAAUCCCUCCAAAUUGGAGAAGAAUGAAGACGUGAGCUUGAAUCUGGCACAUCUCUUGAACAUCCUGUCAGAGCUGGUGGAGAAAAUAUUCAUGGCUGCCGAGAUCCUUCCGCCGACGUUGAGGUUCAUUUAUGGAUGUUUACAGAAAUCCGUGCAGCAGAAAUGGCCAAGAAAUACGACAAUGAGGACAAGGGUCGUGAGUGGUUUUGUCUUCCUGCGACUGAUUUGCCCUGCAAUCCUCAACCCAAGAAUGUUCAACAUAAUUGCUGACCCCCCCUCCUCUACAGCUGCACGGACACUCACGCUUGUUGCCAAAUCAGUCCAGAACCUGGCAAACCUGGUGGAGUUUGGUGCCAAGGAACCCUACAUGGAAGGGGUGAAUCCCUUCAUCAAGAACAACAAGCACCGAAUGAUCAUGUUUUUAGACGAGCUGGGGAAUGUCCCCGACCUCCCAGACACUACAGAGCACUUUAGAACUGACCUGUCCCGGGACCUCGCUGCCUUGCAUGAGAUCUGUGUGAGCCACUCAGACGAGCUCCGUACCCUGAGCAAUGAGCGGGGAGCGCAGCAGCAUGUUUUGAAAAAGCUCCUGGCAAUCAUGGAACUCCUCCAGCAGAAACAGGGUCAAUAUGCCAACAGCAACAGGUAGUUAGCCGUUCCACGGAGUCACUCAUUGGACCCCCAGCAUGCUCCGCCUCCAUCACCACGGCAACUCCAGCCAGCCCCUCCGCCUCAUCCUCAUCAUAUUCCAGCACACCUCUGCCACACCCUCCGUGCCAUGUGCUCUACGCAGCCGCAAAGAAACGAACCCCCAAAAAGCAUA